AUGACUACCCCCAGUGUCCUUACCUUUGACACUGAGGGUCGUGCUGUGGACUUUGAGGUUUGGGUAGAUGACCUCCAGCUGUUCUUACAGUGCGAUAGGGCGGACAGACUCUCACUAUUCGAUCUCACCUCUGGUGUCUCUCCUGCCCCGCCUGCUACUUCUGACAGCACUGUUCACUCACAGUGGGCCACGCGCGAUGCUGCUGCACGUCUUGCUAUGCUCAAGGACCACUUCCUCUCAGUUUGCCCCACCACACUCACCAUUGACCUCCUCGAGGAGCGCCUCCUAGCAGCAGAGAGGAGCAUAGUCGCUGUAGGAGCCUCUCGUGGUGACCCUCGCACCCCCGACUUUGAGGGGUGUUCUCCCUCCCCGCUCUUGCCCUCUGUUGCUUCUGCUGCUGCGGCCGGCCUUGUUGGCUUCGAGUCGGUCAGCGCUGGGUCUGCCCCUAGCGGGAAGCGCCGCACCGGCAAGGGCCAGGGGGGCAAGGGCGAUAGGGGGGCCAGUGGGGGCGGUGGAGGUGGAGGUGGAGGCAGUGGAGGGGGUGGGGGUGGUGGUGGGAGUGGUGGCGGUGGUGGAGGUGUCGGUGGCAGCAGUGGAGGCGGAGGAGGCGGCGGGGGUGGCGGAGGGAGCGGAGGUGGCAGAGGUGGCGGAGGCGGCGGAGGUGGCGGAGGCGGCGGAGUUGGCGGUGGAGCUGGUCGCGGCUCUACGCAGAGGAGUAGCUCCGGUGGUGGUCCGCGCCAGCAGCAGCAACGCGGUCGUGAGACCCUGUCCCCUCAGCAGCUUCGAGAGUGGUACGCUGGGCGUCAGUGGGGUGGGGGUAGUGGUCCCUGCACCUACGUCCUCCGUACAGGCGACCGCUCUGGUGAGCAGUGCGGAGGCACGCACUCCUCCCAGCGUUGUUUCGGCCGCCUGACGGACGCUUGGCGUCAUCAGUUCCCUGACGCCACUGAGAUCCCUCGCUGGGGAGAGCUGUCUAGGGCUAGGGUAGCUAUCUUUGAUCUUGACUAUGAUGCUAUUCUUGCUGCCAUAUAUGCUGUGUCUACUAGUGAUGAGGGUGACUGUUACCUGUGUGUUCCGCCUGACCCAGGCAUUGCGGCUGCUGCUGUAGGUGCUGGUGAGGCUGCUACUCCAUGUGCUAGUGCGUCUGCUGCCCCAGGUGCUGGUGAGUCUGCUCUCUCAGGUACCACGUUGUCUCAGGCCUUACACACCUUCACCCUUGACUCGGGUGCUUCCCGCUCCUUCUUCUGA